GUAUAUGUUUUCUCACUCUAACUUAUUGCAUCAGUUCAGUAGUGCAGCUGAAAAGAACAGACCAUCUGCCAUGAGCUGCGAGAGAACCCGAUUGUGUCAGUUUCAGAAUUCCUUGCGAUAAAAAAUGGUCCAGCAGGAGGAAGUUAAUGGAGUUUCUAGCGCAAAUACCGCGAACCUGGAAUUUGCGACUCCGGAGAAGCAGCAGGCCCGUGCGUUUCUGCGCGAGCGAUUCCUACGUGUCGUUACUGGCAUUGUCGGCAAGCAAGCAGAAUUUUACUUACACGAGAAUACACGUGUGUCGGGUGAAUUCAGAGGUUGCAAUGUAGAAUCUUCCGAGAUUUUCGUAAGAAACUUGGAAACACCGAUCGGCAAGAUUCCAGAAGCCAUCCUUCGAGGUAGCGACAUUAUUCACUUAAGCAUCGACAUCGAUAUCGAUCAAUAGAAGAUGAAACAAGAUUGACACAAACGAAUAUAAAAUAAAGAAAUAAUUCUCAGGUAGUACAAGACAUCCUAACAUACUGUCCAGGAUAUAUCUCGAUAAGUGCUUCUGGGAUGUCUUAUGCUAAGCUGAAUGAGGUAUAUUUGGUUUUUAGGAGCGCCGCAUACUUAGCAUCGUGUUUAUCUCCGAAAUAAUACGCCUUAAGUGGUCAAUUAUUUCCUUAAGAUGCCUAUUUUUCAAUAUCACUUGCUAAAAAGAAACAUUUUAUUUUUUAUUUGCACUUGAUACGAUAACGACACGUGUAUAACAGUCUUGGCAUUCUCACCUCCGUAAUUUCUUUGCUCUCUUCGCAAAUAAGUCUAUAAGCUUCCGACGUUUUUUUCUCAUCGGAUUUCAUAUCCCACUCUUCCUUCAGUGGAAUCAAACUUUCUAUAUGUGUGUAUUCCAUACCUUGCAGUUGACAAUUCUCGUUACAUUUUUCGUAUAUCAGUCUUAGACGCUUAAAUAGCAUCUUCAACAUCCUCAAUUGAUCGUAGAUCUUAGUUUUCUUUUCAUUUGCAAUAUUAGUCCCUUGUGUUGUACCUGUGAAUAAGCAAUAUAUUUAUAAAGUUAAUACUUAACAGUCAAGUUCAUUAGGAAAAAGAAGGAAAAGAGAAAACUCGUAUGUUGCCAGCGUAUUGUGGAAAAGUACCAUUAGGUGGUUGCACGACUUUCAAAGUUUGGAAAAGCUCUAAAGUGCGGCUGACAAUUUCUUGCACCGUUUCUUGCCCAAAUCUACACAAACUGACGGUAUUGAAUUCCUUAGUUUGUUGCGGUUGCUGAGGUGGUGGCUGAGUAGGUGGGACUGGAGUCUGCGGUGUUGUGGCUUGAUUGCUGGCUUGACUAUUUUGUUGAACCAUCGCGGCCUGUUGUUGUUGCUGCAAUAAUUGUUGCUGCUGUAUCUGUUGUAAUUGUUGCUGCUGCAUCGCGAUGGAUGGAUGCUGUUGCUGUUGCUGCUGUGCCAAUACUUGUUGAGAGCUGGGCAUCCCCAUGGCAUUAGUUCCGACAUUACCGACACCGACCCCAACACCUACUCCCACACCAAAUUGUUGAGGAUUUACCAUGUCUGUAACAAAAAUGUCUUAUUUGAUUUCCAAAUUUCUAUUUUUGUUUCAUUUCUAAAACUUUAGCCGUUUUACAGACGUCGUAUAUAUUAGACAUCAUAGAAUAUUAGAUACUAUAGAUAUAUAUAGUCACGCACGUUGAUCUACAUAGCCCCAGUCUUUUAAACGAUUGACCAACUUAUCAUGAUCUCAUUAAAAUAUAAAUUCUUUUAUGAAUUGGAAUUAUCAAUGUCAUUUUUGUAACAAUUUGAUGGAAACUGACUUUCAAAAUAACUUGUCCAAUCUAUUUCAAUCGUGUUCUCGGUAGUUCAUAUUCUUCUAUUUAAAUUUGUAUUUGUCUCGGUAGUCCAUAUUCUUCUAAAAUUUGUAUCUGAAGUUUGUAUUGUAUCUACGUUUGUAUCUAUAGCAAUCCUCCGAGCCACUAUCCGAGCGCGAGGAAGUGAAGAAACCAUCGAAGAAAUAUCUGAAUUUGAAGAACUAUCUGAACUUGAAGAACCAUCUGUACCUGAAGAACUAUUUGAACUUGAAGAACUACCUAAACCUGAAGAACUAUCUGAAUCUGGAGAACUAUCUAAACUUGAAGUAACAUUUGAAUCUGAGCUGUCUAUUAUAUCGCCCAUGAUUUAUUAUUAUACUUUUUUCUUAAUUUUCUAAAUCUACUGAUAUUAAACUCUGACAUUAAAUAUAUGCUCAAAUAUUAAUGUCUGUCCGACAACUUAUCAGAUCUAUAACUGUCGACGUAUCAAGUAUCAAAUAAUAAUAUAUGUCAAAGGAGACAACGAGACAAGGAGACAAAGGACAAGUCGUCCCAUGUCAAUAUUUAUGAAACAAACAUCAAGGUCUCAAGUAUUUAUGUACAAGAUAGAAGACUACAUCAUUAAAAGAUGCACAAUUUUCACAUAUUACGGCUAUAAUUAGAAUAAAAUUAUUAACAGCUUACUUCCUUGUUGCGGUCCCAUUAAACUAGAAACCAUUUGUCCGCCACCAAACUGUGUACGUAAAGCGGAUUGUUGUACAUUGGGAAACCCACCCAAGAAAGGAUGUUGUUGUCCAGCCAUGUUGCUUUAUUUAAAAAUAAAGGUCAUCAAUUGAG